UAAUUCCUUAUCGAUCUGUCUCUCUCUUAUCUCUCUAUAUAAAUAGGGGAGAGAAAGCGAAGAGAAGAGGAGCAUAACCAAAGUCUUCUCGCCUGAGAAACACCACCUUCUCCGCGGUAUAUGGAGGAGCUCAGGCGAGGGCCAUGGACCGUCGAUGAGGACCUCCUCCUCGUCAACUACGUCUCCCAGCAUGGGGAAGGCCGCUGGAACGCCCUUGCUCGCUCUGCAGGGUUGAAACGGACAGGAAAGAGCUGUAGACUCCGGUGGCUGAACUACCUCCGGCCGGACCUCCGCCGAGGGAACAUCACUCCUCAGGAGCAACUCCUCAUCAUCGAACUCCACUCCCGGUGGGGAAAUCGGUGGUCGAAAAUAGCACGGCUGCUCCCGGGGAGGACCGACAACGAGAUCAAGAACUACUGGAGGACCCGAGUGCAGAGGCGCGCGAAGCAGCUCCGGUGCGACGCCGACAGCGAAGCGUUUAAGGAGGAAACGCGCCGGCUGUGGAUCCCGCGCCUCCUCGAGCGAAUCCAGGCCGCUUCUGCAGUCUCUACGGCCUCCGCCUCCUCCUCCUCCUCCGCCGCCGUCCCUUGGCAGCCGGAGCCUGCAAUGGUGAUGAUGCAUAGCGCCUCUGGGUGGUCAGAGGAUUGCUUUUCCCCGGCUCCCCAGCUCUCCCCGUUCCCGGGCGCCGGCGAGAUGGAGCAUCUCGCCGGCAGCACUGACGUCGUUCCCGGUGGUGGGGGCGGCUGGGCCCGUGGGCCGACUUCCACGUGGACUGUCCUGAGAGCUACGAUGCAGGGGACUGGUGGUUGAGUGGUGAUUACUUGUGGAGCGAUAUGCAAAUGAUUUAAUUAAUCCUUGUUUCUUGAUCAAUUAGAAAUCCUAAUGAAAUCAUCAAGUCCAGUAAGAUAAAUCGACAAACUGUACUUGUACUUAACUGUGGAAGAGGAAGAGUAUUUUUUUUCUUCAACUUUAUCGAGAC